UGGGAACAUACAGUAACAGUUCUCUUCAGUUUUUAUAUGCACUCUAUAUGGUCAGCCGUCUUGAACACCCAACCGGUGGGUACAAGAAAAUCUUUGAGAAAUGCAAAGAGCUGGCUAAGCCCAUUUCUGCUCAAGUGUCAGAUGUGGUUUCAUUUGGCCACCAAGAAUCCUGGAGAAUACAUCGACCACAAAUUCAGAACAUCUGCCUUCAAUGUUUUCCAUCACAUUAACUGUUAUGAGGACCAUGGCUUCAUUGUUGUCAACUUGUGUACUUGGAAGGGGCACGAGUUUGUGUAUAAUUAUCUAUAUUUGGCAAACCUGAGGCAAAACUGGCUGGAAGUCAAGAAAGCAGCCAUAAGGGCACCACAGCCAGAAGUUCAGAGAUUUGUGCUGCCUCUGGACAUCCACAGGGAAGAGCAGGGGAAGAAUCUGGUUUCUCUUCCUUACACUACAGCAACUGCUGUCAUGUGCAGCGAUGGAACCAUUUGGCUCGAACCUGAGGGAUUCUCCUGACUAUUGUGGUGAAACCAAGGGUUACUCAGAGGCCAGCGUUUCUCCUUAUACUCAAUACCACUGACCUGUCUAAAACAGCACAUGCAGAGGUUGAUGUCAUCAUUCCUUUCAAUUUACAUGGCAUGUACAAACCUUAGAGGAUCAGAACCUAUAGGGCUUUGCAUUUAAAUAAAUAUACCAUUUCCCCAAAAAAAUGUUACUUAAAGCUUUGUUCGGUAAACAAGUAUAAUUUUGUUGUUGUUGCUAUUUUACUGUAUAUGGGCCAGUUAUAUGACCUCAUACUGUAUGCUUAUAAUAUAGUUAUAACUUUGACAAUGUGUUAUAAAUCCACCUGUAAAUCCUUUCUUUUUCAAAAUUAAAUUUUUCUAUUAAUGAAUGACAA